AUGUGGAAAAUAAAGGUCAAAAUCAUAAGACGUUGGAAACAAUACACUGCUGCUAAUGGUGAAACCAUUGAAAUGAUCGUAAUUGAUGGGAAAGGGCACAAAAUCCAAGCGACCAUCAAGAAUUCACUAACUGGAUUGUUCCGUGACCAACUUGGUGAAGGCGAUACUAGAAUUCUCAUCAACUUUGGGUUGUUCCACUCUGCAGGCAUGUACCGGACAACUAAUCAUCCAUACCGGAUUGCUUUCAUUCCUAACACCAAAGUGAGAAAGUGUGAAAUACCUUUGCCUUAUGAGUUGGAUGGGUUCUCUCCUGUUAAGUUUGGUGAUAUUCUUGAUGGUACUCUGGAUGACAACUACUUGGUUGAUGUUCUUGGACAAUUGGUGAAUGUUACCCAACUUGAAGAUAUACCUGUGAAUGGGAAAGAUACCAAAAAGAUCACUCUUGAAUUGCGUGAUGAACUUGAUCAAAGUCUCUCUGUUGUGCUGUGGGGAGCAUUCGCUGAGCAUAUUAACAACAACAUACAAGCUGCCCCUGAAACCAUUGUCGUUUGUGCUGUCCAAUUUGGCAAAAUCAAAGUUUGGAAAAAUAAUCGAUCUCUCUCUAAUGCUUACAAUUGCUCGGCUGUUGUGCUUAAUCCUGAACUAACUGGAGUUGAAGAAUUCAAAUCACGAGAAGACUUCUUUGUCCAUACGCCAAGAAGAACAAUCUGUGAAGUGAAAUGGUCACGAGAGAUUGCCAAAUGUAUUGUCAUGGCCACUAUUUUUUCCAUUGAUGGUGAUAUGGGUUGGUAUUACUGGAGUUGUAGUGUUUGCGCAAAGAAGGUUACACAUAUUCUACUAGAAGGUGGAGAUGAUGACGAAGCCACUGAAUUUUUGCCACUGACCUUCCAAUGUACCAAAUGCAACAUCGACAACCCAGUUCUGGUCCCAAGGUUUAAGUUACAUCUCCGUGUAACUGAUCACACUGGUGAUACUACCUUCAUGUUGUGGGAUAAUCUCACACAGCAAAUUAUCGGUCAAACAUCAACUCAACUAGCUCCACCUGAGCAUAAUGAGAUACAAGAGGAAGAUUUGAUCCCUGUUGUUGUUACAAAUGUGAUUGGAAAAACUUUUCUCUUUAAGAUUUGCAUUGACAAGGAGCAUAUUGUUUACAAACAUAACACCUACAAGGUCAUGAAGAUUAUCACUGAUGCAGACAUGAUCAGUGAGUUUAGUGUUUUAGAUUCACCCCAUGGCACUAUUGACACUGUUGGUUGUAUUGGUGGUGGUGGUUCUUUUGUUUCUUCUCCAAGUGAGGGAACACUACUGUUAACUGAUGUUGAUGGACCAUCUGGAUCAUCCAUUUCACCGGAUUCCACUCAGGCCAAGCGGAAGGUUUCAACUCCAAAAGCUUCUAUAGACACAGAUGAACAGACCUCUACUUCCAAGAAGAUUUGUCAUGUCAAAGUGAAGCUUGAGAAGAUUGAAAAAACGAAAGAAGUGAAGGAGUGA